AUGGUGGAGAGUGUCAAGGUGGAGAGCAGACGUGGCCGGAAGCUCCUGAAACUAAACCUAGCUAGCUCGACCACUACCAGGCGUUUGUGUAUUUUGAGGAAGACUAUUGAUGAUGUUGCUGCGAAAAUAGAGCGAAAGGAAAAGUUAUUGAACAGUACAGUGUGGAGGACACCUGCCUGUCGCCUCUGUAACAGGAUGUUGCUGAAGAUACUGCUGGGCUUCCUGUGCGGCGUCGCAGCUUCGGCCGCGGAAAACGACACGGCUCAGCAAGCUCCUCCGCCGCUGCUGCUGGUGUCGUUCGACGGUUUCCGAGCGGACUACCUGCAAAGGUUCCCCAUGCCGAACCUGAAGCUCCUGUACAGCCAGGGGGUCCUGGUGGAGCAGCUCACCAACGUCUUCAUCACCAAGACGUUUCCCAACCACUACAGCCUGGUGACGGGGCUGUACGCUGAGUCUCACGGUAUCCUGGCCAGUAACAUGUACGACCCUGUCAGCCACAAGCACUUCCACAUCGGCAACGACACCGACCCGAUGUGGUGGAAUGAGGCGCAGCCCCUCUGGGUCACAGCGCUGGACUCCGGCUACAAGACGGCGGCCAUGAUGUGGCCCGGCUCCGAAGUGACCUUCCGAAACCGCACAGCUACACACUUCCUUCCCUACAACUCCAGAGUGACGUUCCCGGAACGACUGGGGAACGUGACAAACUGGAUGCUGGGAGACGGAAAGGAGCAAGGAGCAAUGUUUGCAGCUCUCUACUGGGAGGAGCCAGACCGGUCAGGUCACAUGUUUGGCCCUGACAACACCACUGCCAUGAGCAAAGCGCUGAAGGAGGUUGACGACAACAUCGGCCUGCUGAUUUCAGAGCUGAAGCGGACCGGCCUCUGGGGUCGCAUCAACGUCCUGGUGACCAGUGACCACGGCAUGGCUCAGUGCUCGGCCGAGCGCCUCAUACGGCUGGACGACUGCCUCCACCCCGACAACUACACACUGGUGGACCUCACACCCGUCGCCGCCCUCAUCCCAAAAAAUGACCCAGAGGCCGUGUUUGCUCUGCUGAAACAGUGUAACACCCAUAUGACAGCGUAUUUGAAAAAGGCCAUCCCUGAUAGGCUGCACUACAAGAACAACGAACGCAUCCAGCAGAUAAUACUGAUUGCUGACGAGGGUUGGACCAUAGUGCAGCGGGGGAACAAACUGCCAAGACUGGGCGAUCACGGCUACGACAACUCCUUAUCCAGUAUGCACCCCUUCCUCGCAGCGACGGGUCCCAGCUUCCGUAAGAAUUAUCAAAUCAGCAGUUUGCAGAGCGUGGACAUUUACCCGCUCAUGUGCCACCUGCUGUCGGUGCCCCCCCAGCCAAACAACGGCACCCUGAACCAGGCUCGGUGCCUGCUGACUGCUGAGACCUGCUGGAACGUCCCUCUGAUGAUCGGCCUGGUGGUGGGCGUCCUACUGGUACUCAGUACAAUCACAGUUUUGUUUAGAUUGCUUAGCAACCGCCGCCCGUCAGGCACCCGGCCCUUCCAGAGGCUGCAGGUCGACGAUGACGACGACGACGACCCCCUGUUGGAGUAAACCAGUCAGAGCCGGGCACCACACACAGUCUGUGUCACCUGUUCGUGCUCCAAUAGAUACUUUGAUGUGUUGCACUUUACUCACUGAGGCCAGCUUUUACUCUGGCAUACGUGUGUGUGUGUACAUGUGUGUGUACAUACAUGUACACACACGUAGUAGAAAGAAGCCGUCAGGGCUGCCGACAACCUGCUGUGGAGUUUGUACACUGGUGUAAAAACAGCUGCAGGAAAAAGUGAUUACUAUAGCUGACUCUGACUCCAUAAUGUUGAUGUUGUAGAAAUCCUGUUACAGUAGACUUGAAAAUGUGACAAGAAGCCAGUGGUGUUUAGUUUUGAGGAAAUAUUGAUGAUAACAUUGAGAUUAAUAAUUUUAUUGUGGGAGUCUAGUGAUUUAAGAGCUUCAUUUAAUAUUUUUCUGGGCGAAUCGUCUUUAUAAAGCCUGAUUUUGUGUGUAAUUUUAUAUUUGUAGGGUUACUUUUUGUCAGCAGAGGGAGCCAGUAGCACAUUUAAGACUCAUAUUGUAUUUCACUGACAUCCUGUGUUUCACGACGAGGAAAGCUUGAAAGAUUUCUGUCUGUACUGUUACUGUUCUGGUGUAUUUGUUACACUGAUAUCUGAGUCAUUUCAAAAAGAAUUGAAUUUAAAAUCUGAGAUGAUAUAUUUUUACUAUUAGAUUAUAGUCUACUAUAAUAGUCUAUAGUAACUAAAAUGCUCCAGUAAAGGGAAAUGUUGUUUUGAAGAGGAUGAUUUCUAUGCACUGUACUUACAUUAUACACACAUGUAUACAUUUAUAUUAAUUAUACCAAAGACUAUUAUUUAGAUGUGCAACAGAUGCUCCAAAGAGAUAUUCACCAUCUAAAAAUGAUCUUUGUUUUUAAACUAAAGCAAUAUAUUUGUUAUUAUUGACACACUUGAUCACCUAGAAUUUAAAAAUAGAAAGAUCAAAUCGCGGUAAUUAGUUGAAACUUAUCUUAUUAUCAUAUUUAUCUGAUGGUGUCUAAUGCCUCUUAUCUUACUAUUGACAAAUCCCAUGUAAAGACCAAAGCCGACAACAAAUAUAUUGUACUAUUGUGUGUGUAUCUAAAGCCUAAUAUUUUGUUUCUCUGUGUCAGAGAGCUUCACUGUUAAACAUUGUCACCACACCGUUGUUACUUCAUUAUAAUGACUACGAGCACUGUAGUUUAUUUUGACUCCAUCCACCGUCCUGCUGCUGUAAAUACUCAGUAGAGUAUUCAUCCGCAGCUGAAAGUAGUCCUCUCCAAAUGCACUAUUUUUUUUAAAUUUACUAAAAACUUCAGUGCUCAGCUGUUUUUAAUAUUUACGUCUCCAGUGGGAACCAGUGGGUUUUGGGGGCCACCAACAGGGUUCGGGAUGUCGGAAAGUAUUGAAACAUAGUUAAUUUUGGUCUUUUCAUGGGAUUUUUUUUGACAGUAACAAAACUAUAGUGUACUACCAGCCUCAUUCUUUAAUGCAGUGCUGCUGGUGCGCUCCUCCAACCAUGUAUCCAGUGAUGUGUACUGUUCAUGCAUCUAUUCAUGUGUUAACAAAUGAGACUCAACAUGACCAACUUACUCCAUUUUUAUUCUUCUUUCUGGUACUUUUCAUGAACACAGUUGCUUCAGGUCACAGCGAGCAUAUUUGCUUUAAUGCAUAUAUGUUUUACCCUUACUUCAGAGGAUGAACAUUAUAGUGUUUUUUCAUCUGCACCCACUUCCUAUUCUGUGUAAUAUACUGUAAAACAUUCAAGUUUUGUGCCAUAAAGCAAUCUCAGUAUAAAAUUUAGGCCAGUGGUAUGGUGUGAAAUGCAGUGUAGAAGCUACCAGUCUCAAGAAAAUGGUCUCAUUUUUAUGGAUUAUCAUAUUUAUGUGUGUUUUAUGAGGUUUAAAUGCUUCACAUAAGCUGUAUCUUUGCACUCUAUUUGUGUUUGAUCCUUAAAGUUACCGACUUUUGUGGGGGUUUUUUGUGGAAAAAAUUCUUUUGGAACUAUGCAAAUCCUGACUGGGCUGUUGAGAGAUUCCUGUGGUUCAAUGUCAUUUUCAAAAUGAAUAAAGAGGAUAGAAAAUC